CUGGUGUUGGGUUCUUUUUUAAUGAUUUGAGCUAUUGGGUUAUGACUUAUGAGCCAUUUCCGAUCAAGGUCCUGAUUGUGACAUGCUUUUUGUGCUAAAUUGCAAGUGAAGCUAAACAAGAAGCUGAUUGUUAAUGAUCUGAAUGUCGAAUCCAUAGGGCAACAAAGGACAAUGUUUAUACAAACUCAAAGCACACUGAAUACAUCAUCUCUAAUGUUCUAUCUUGGGGAACCAGUGAUGGAAGUUGGAGUUCAGAUUUUCCAAAUGCUAGUGCAACCAUGACUUCUUCUCAGCUAGCUAAAUCACUGUUCGGUAUUGAUGAGGCUUCAGAGCCAGUUGACAAGUUGAGAAGAAGAUAUCUGGUGGAUCACAUGAUAGAGGCAAGUUGUGUUGUUGAUAACCAUACUUCUCACCUUCUAUUCCUAUUAAGUAUUCAUGAAUUUGGAUUCACUGCCUGUUUCUUUCCCAUGGUUUGGUCACUUUUCCAGGAACCAUUGUUGCCUUUCCUUUAAUGGGCAGGGCACAAGCUUUUUCGAAAUGGUACCCAUUAGUUUUACUUGUGCUAUGAUGAGUUUCAAAAGAAAGCUCAGUUUCAAAAGAAAGCUCUGCAAUGUAUGUGGCUUGGGCGAUUCAGAAGAAAGCCAAGUUUGAUAUUGUGGAUCUUAAUAACUUAAUUUUUGCUGAAACAUUAUUCCUUUGGUUGUGAGCUGUUUCUUGAGUUUAUAUUUUGUCAAUUUCAUUUUCUAUGAGUAAAGUGUACUUUGAGGGAAGUUGGCAAUUUGUGGCAUGGAUAAUAGGCAAUGUAGACUUUUAAGGUCAGAG